AAUCAGCAGCCUUCGCGCCUUUCUCGUUCGUGGGGCUUCUGCUCAGAGAGGGAGGGAGCGAGAGCUGUACGUCAAACGUUAGCAGAGUCCGUGUAUUAAAAAUACCGCUUCAUUUUGUCCAUUCCUCUUGUUGUUGAGGAUUAUUUCACCCAGCAGGUUGACUCUCUGGAUUUAUCCGCGGAGGAUCGAGGUCACUGAAGAUGCCUUUUGUGAAGUACCAGAGGGGGGACAUGGUAAUGGGGCGCUGGCCCGGCAGCAACCUGUAUUAUGAAGUCAAAGUGCUGGGCUUCAACAGCGGGAGUCAGCUUUACACCGUCAUCUACAAGGACGGCACCGAGCUGGAACUGAAGGAGCAGGACAUGAAGAGUGCAGCCGGUUUCCAGAGCCGCCCACGCUCCCGCUCUCGUUCCCGAUCACCGGGCCGCCGCCGCAGCAGGUCACGCUCCCCGGCGAGGACCACGAGACGCUCUUCCUCCCGCACAGCCGCGGUCGUUGCUGCCGCCGCUAUAACGGAGAGCGCACCGUCCACCCGCAGAGACGCAAAGCUGAAGGAAGCUGUACAAGUCAGGCUCAGUCCACUGGAUCAGACAAAGCCAGCUGAGAACAAUAGCAACAAUAAGCAUGAGCAGAAAGAGGAGAAACAAACAGAGGAGAAUAACACUGCUAACAAAGUGAACGAGGUGGAGGCCGAGCCUGAAAAGAACCAAAGCCGUUACAACCUGCGCCGCAGGAAGGAUGACGGAGAUGCCAAACAAGCUGAGGCCAAACCAGAGCAGCUGGAGGAGGAGGAAGCCAAGCUGGCUGCAGCUCCUGCUGCCGCUCCCACCCCACUUGACUUUGGAGGGAAGAUAGGAGCAUACUUCUGGCUGCUUUUCCUGCCAGCAUGGGUUCUCUUUGUGGUGCUCCAAGUCAACCUGGAGGACCCCAGUCUGGUCAACUUCCCCCCUCCUUUGCCCCCUUUGGAAACCUUCUGGGAUGCCCAGGCUCUUGGAUUUGUCAUUCUCUGGAUGUUAUUCCAGGCGGUGCUCUACGUACUGCCUGUUGGAAAGCUGAGUGAGGGCGUGGCUCUACGGUCUGGGGAACGUCUGAAGUACAGAACCAAUGGUUUUUUCGCCAUCGUGGUGAGCGCUGCAGCGGCGGCGGGAGCGGUGCAUCAGGGUGUUGACCUCACCUACAUCCACAGCCACUUCCUGCAACUGGCUGUGGCGGCCUUCCUCAUCUCUACGCUCCUCAGCGUCUACCUGUACAUCCGCUCUCGCUACGCGGCCCCAGAGCAUCUGGCCCUGGGAGGGAGCUCUGGUAAUCUGGCGUAUGAUUUCUUCAAAGGGCGUGAGCUCAAUCCACGAAUCAAAGACUUUGACCUGAAGUUCUUCUGUGAGAUGCGCCCUGGUCUGAUUGGCUGGUGUUUGAUUAACUUUGCGAUGGCUCUGGCUGAGAUGAAGCAGCACGGUCUGGAUGCUCCAUCACACUCCAUGAUCCUUGUGAACCUCUUCCAGCUCCUCUACGUGGUGGACGGCCUCUGGAACGAGGAGGCCAUCCUCACCACCAUGGACUUGAUGCAUGAUGGUUUUGGCUUCAUGUUGGCGUUUGGUGACCUGGUGUGGGUUCCCUUCACAUACACCCUGCAGGCCUAUUACUUGGUUAGCCACCCAAACCCACUGAGCCUCCCUGCACUCGCCGCCAUCAUCACACUCAAACUCGUCGGCUUCUACAUCUUCAGGAAAUCCAACUCUGAGAAGAACGCCUUCAGGAGGAACCCAGCAGACCCCAAACUGUCCCAUCUGAAGACCAUCCCCACAGCCACAGGGAAGAGUCUGCUGGUGUCUGGCUGGUGGGGUGUGGUCCGCCACCCUAACUACCUGGGAGACCUUAUGAUGGCGCUGGCAUGGUCCCUGCCCUGUGGUUUCAGCCACCUCCUCCCAUGGUACUACAUGAUCUACUUCAUCAUCCUGCUGGUGCACCGAGACUCUCGAGACAUGAGCAACUGCAGGAGGAAGUACGGCUCGGCGUGGGAUGAGUACUGCCGGACUGUCCGUUACCGGAUCAUUCCCUGCGUCUACUAAAGACCAGGACGGACACUCCAGAGCUGAGGCCUUUUCUGACCCAGUAUUGUGGCUUCGAAGGCUUGAAAACCUAAACAUGAAUGGAUUGACUGAUUUUAGAUAAAUUUUUCUUUUUGUCAAAGAGUUUUUAAAAAUCUUCUGUGGACUGAAGGCGCUGCAGUAUUUUGAAUAUUUUCUUACGAAAAAAAAAGACGCUCUGGUUUUAACGGACUUGUGAAGGAUUGCCUUUUAAUCAAAACAAAUCUUAAAAUGUAUUUUUGAAAGUUUACAAAAAAAAGGGGAGAAAAAAAGAAGCCACUGCAAGGAAUGUCUUGUGAGGGUGUAUAUAUUUUUGUAUAUACAUAUUUGUUUUUAUACCGCAGAAAUAACUCAAAAUACCUGCAUCAUUUUGCUAAAAAUUUCCUCUUUGCUUCCAUUUUCAUGACGUUUCAGUUUCAGCGUAGUUCCUCUGAGUCAGGAAGACGCCAUCUUUCUUUGACGGACCUGCUUGUGUAUAUUGUGACAGACGGGAUUGAAAAUGCGACGUCGUUUUGAAACGACUUGGACUUGUUUCUUCUCAGGACCCGGGAUGUUGUCUGAAUUUUGAAUUAGAACAAAUGUUUUUUGUGUAUAAUGUUAUAGAGAGAAUCUAGUUUGGAUUUUAAGAGUGUACAAAAUUUUGGUGGUUUCAAAAAAAAAAAAAAAUGCACUAAUGUGUGACAACUUUUAUUUUUCUUGCAUCGUGGACUCUGGUGUGUGUUCGAUUCGGCCCCUCAGGUUCACUCCUGGUCCUGACCCUGAUGCUCUGCGCCCUGAGAGAGAUGCCAUGUGACCUCACCCAAUUAGCUCCAUUUCAACAAUUAGCAUCUGUUAUGAAAACGUGACACCCAUCCUCUUUGUAAAGACUGAUUUAUACUCCUGUGUCUCCCCUACGCAGCAGGGGCUGACGCGGACAUGAACACCACAUACUUGUGCGUCGAUGUGUCCGUGUUGCGCAGUAAUUCUCCUCCGAAACGCUUGAGGGCAGUGUCAUCCGGCCCCGCUACGAUCUCUGUUUACUUUUCCACAGCGAUUCAGAGCAUGAUACAUGUUGCUGUUUAUCAUACAGACAUGAUUAAAUGAAGGUCGAUGAGCGGGGAUCCUGAAAGUGCUGUAAAUGUGGGAAAUACAAUGCAGCUGACUGGACCAAUCACAGGGCUUGCAGUCCGCGUUGAUUCUACCAUAGACUGUAUAAAUAAUGGACGUAGUAUCCUUGACGUCACCCAUCUGUUUCUGAAGCGCUGUUUUGAGGCCAAUCGUUGGCGAAGAGGCGGGCUUUGAGCCUCCUAGCCAAUAGCUACAGUGUUCCCACCUGUCAAUCACCUGUCAGCUGGGCCUCUCAUAAUGGAAGACUUGUAAUCUCAAUAUCUUAGAAAUUGCCGCGUUAGAUAAAACCCCCCCCCCCCCCAAGAUCGUCUUCUUUGAAUUGGUGUGUAUGUGGUUUCUGGUACUUCUGGAGCCAGCCUCAAGUGGAUCCUCCAUGAUCUGCAGUUUUUAGCACAUCCGCAUUGGACUCAUAUUUUUAGACCGGAGGUUGCCGCUUGUAUCUACGCGUAGUUACAUUUUGGAGGAGGUGCACGUCAGCUACGUGCGUAGGCCUUUGGGAGCGACGUGGACCUCCGGUGUAGGCUACACCGUCGAUUUGAUGUAGAAGUAUAAAUCAGACUUUGAAGAAUCCCAACCCUCUUUUUUUUCUUUGCCACAUUCUCACGGCGCUGAUGGAACUAUCUGUUUUUAUCUUCUGGAGCACGUUGUUGAUGUUCCAUGGGAUUCUACGUGUUUGGGCAUUUCUGCCGUUUUUGAUUUGGGUCAGGACACGUCGGAGGGGGAGAGUGAGAAAGAAAGCAAAGGGUCGAACCGGUACCCGCUGAGACCAGGAUGCUCACACAGUGAUUUGGUUUUUAUUUGUUAAGCUUUAAUUUUUCAGGUUGUGACCGUUGUGAUGAAGUUUAUACUGUGACGACACGCAGAGCUUUGAUUGUGCUCUCUGCUGUCACAAACCCAAAAAGUGUUCCCACGCAUGAGCAGCUGUAGAACAGUAUACGUAGCAAUACAUGAGGUAGACUAGGUAGCAUCUCUGUGAGUGCUGUGCUGACUGAAUACCUGUACAUAAGUUUGUUUUUGAUCAUGUUUUAUUUUCAUUAGUGAUCAUAAUUAUGUUCAUCCUUAGGUUUGUAAUGUUGCUUUAUCAUGUUUCACUUUGUUUUAAUUUAACCACUUCAUUUCCACCACUGUAGUGUUGGUUACACCUCCAGCUGUUGUGUUUAUGGACUUCCAAAUGUGACACCCUUCACCCAAAUGCCCUGCUCUGUACGCCGACAAUACACUUUGGGGAUAUUUAUACAUACAUAACUCUUUGCAAUUGUGUCAAAUGAUCUGAGUAGAAAGCAAUAAGCUGGAAGUGAUAUUCUGUGAAACCAUAAAUGAAGAGUCAGUGGCGUGAUCUGACCGCCCCCGAGCAUCAAUCUGUGACAGCGGUCAGGAAAUGCUUAUUUGUUCAAAUGUUGCAGAACAAAAUAAAGAUUUACAGUAUUUCUUUUACGGA